UUUAAUAAUGGAACGUCGUCACUGCUUCAGCUGCAGUGACACACAGACAGACCCAAGCGAUCGGGGGAUAGCGUAUGCCAAGGCGGGCCAGGCCCAGAAACCAAGCCGUCGCACCUUGAUUCCCUCCCUUUGUCAACAUCUCUCUUCUGCACCUGCAAGACACUUCAUCAACGUCCGACUACACGCAGCGGCAUAUUUCCUUUUCUGGCCUUUGUUCGAGAUCCAACUUAUCCACUCUUUGCACGACAUUAUCUCCUCUUCUCCUCCUUCAUUCUCUUGCUCUAUUCUUCCCUUCCCGUCAUUCGCUUUUCCUAACCACCCCUUUUUUUCCUCAUUUCAUUUUCCAACAUAUUUCUAGACUUUCAGACUUCUAGACGUCAUCAUCAUGGCAUCCAGGAUACCGACGGCCUGGCGUAUCGGAGCCGGCAAGUCCACCACUACCGGCUGUCUCAACUUCAACCAUGUCACCAAGUCCACACCCGCAUGGCCCCCGAGGUUGAGGCUGGGAUCUUCAGGGACAGCCCCUCUGGCGAGAAGCUUAUUCCAUCGUCAACAGCACCAGCAGCGCAGAUCUUUCGCUCACACCACCACCCGCCAUAAAUCCGACGAUGAAAGCCACCACUGCCCACCACACGACAACCCGUCGAUCCUGGUCAAGAUGCUCGAAGCAGCGGCCACCUCCUUCGCCUCCAUACUCGUUCUCGGCGCCGGCUUCAGCAUCGCCGCCUACGCCUACCACAAGAGCUACAAGCACCAUGUCUUAAAGAAAAUGGCCAACGCCUUCGAGCCCGGUGACCCCGUCCUCGACCUCGCCGCCAUCGGCAAGAACAUUCCGCUCUCCAAGACCGCCGCUGCCACACACUGGAUCGGGCGACCCGAGCAAGACAUCGUCGACGAUAUCGUCGCCGGCCACGAGGUCGGGCACUACCACCUGUUCAUCGGCGAGAAGGGCACAGGCAAAAGCAGCAUGCUAUUGGAAGCCAUGCGCAAGAUCGACGGUGACGGCGUGGCCAUGUUCGAGGCGCACGCCGACCUAGAGAUCUUCCGCAUUCGCCUGGGCAAGGCGCUCGACUACGAGUUUCACGAGGAUUACAUCGGCAGCUACUUCAGCGAGCGCGGCCCGCGCGACACCACGGCGCUGUUGGAUAUCGAGCGCGCGCUGAACAAGCUGGAGAAGGUGGCGCUCAAGCGGCGGGCAAAGAUCGGGAGGCCGCUGGUUGUCAUCAUCAACCAGAUGCACCUGAUCCGCGACGACGAGGAUGGCAAGGACCUGAUCGAGCUGCUCCAGCAGAGGGCGGAGCAGUGGGCCGCGAGCAACUUGGUUACCAUGGUGUUCAACAGCGACGAUUACUGGGUCUAUGAGAGGCUGAAGCAGCUGGCGACACGCAUGGAGGUGCUCUCGAUUACAGACCUGCCCAAGAAUCUGGCGACGGCAGCGCUGAGGAAUUAUCGCCACCGGUACUUUGGAGAGGACUUGAGCAACGAGACGCUGGAGCAGAUUUACGAUCGCGUGGGCGGACGGCUGAACUUCUUGAACAGGGUCGCCAAGAGCAAUGAUAUGCUGGCGACGUGUGAUGAGAUUAAACAGGUGGAAAAGACGUGGUUCUUGAAUCAGUGCUGGAUUCUGGGAGAGGAGAUGGAUGAUGAUGUGAUGGAUCAGCAGAAGUGGGCGGCAGCAGCAGUAGUCCUCGCCACCGCCCUCGUCGACAAAGAAUCCGUCAUGGAAGCCGCCGGCUCCUCCACCUACGACCCUGUCGUCGGGCACGUCCUGCCCAGCUACGCCCUGCACGAGGCCCAGCAGAUCAUGACCCGCGCCGACUUUGUGCGCGCCCUCGACCGCCUCAACCUGUUCUCCAUCACCAAGGACGCCCAGGUGCGCGCCAGCUCCGUGCCAAUGCACCUCGCCUUUCGGGAGAUAGUCGCCCAACCGGGCUUCCGUGAACACCUCCAGGCCACGAUUGACAGGAUUGCUGCUAUCGAGAGCUUGGGACGUACCAGGGAGCUGGUGGCGAAGGAUUUGGUGCUUGGUGGACAUUAUGAGAUUAGGAGGUCGGAGAAGGGGAAGGGGGUUGAUGUGAAGUUGGUGAUGCCGGAGCCGGAGGAGGAGGGGGAGAAGGAGGAGUAAGUCGCUUUCCUGGACUUUAGUUUGGGGCAACUUAGAUCGCCAUAAUUCCUCCUUCUAAGUCUAUAAGCGAAGGCGUAGGAAGUGGUUUUGGUGGCCCUGGGGAGGGGACCACAAGGAUGAACAAGAUGGGGUCUACUUUGGCAGCACAGGGCAGGCAUGAGGAAAGGAGU